CUGAGAGGACUCAGAAGCUGGUCAAUGAGCAGAGGGAGUGGCCACCUGCCCCUGUCCCAGCCAACAGCCUUCCUUCUAUCUCUUCCCUGCAGGUCUCAGCUGUGAUGCUCCUUGGAAGCUGGCUCCUGCUGGCCUUCAAUGCAAUUUUCCUCCUGUCCUGGGCUGUAGCCCCUAAAGGGCUGUGCCCAAGGGGAAGCGGUGGUCCAAUGCCGGGGGUGCAGACAGUGGCAGCCACUGCCAUGAUUGUGGGGUUGUUGGUUUUCCCAAUCGGCCUGGCCUCUCCAUUCGUCAAGGAAGUCUGCGAAGCCUCCUCCAUGUAUCACGGUGGUAAGUGCCAGCUGGGUUGGGGUUACAUAACCGCUAUCCUCAGUGCAGUCCUGCUCAGCCUCCUGCCCAUCAUCAGCUGGCCCCACACAACCAAGGUCCAAGGGAGAACCAUCAUCUUCUCCAGUGCCACCGAGAGAAUCAUCCUCGUGCCAGAAAUGAACAAAUAAAAAAUCUCCUGGGAGGAGCACACUUCGCAGUUUUAUGAAAUCAUGUUGUAGCCAAAUUCAAAUCCCACCUUUGCUCCUUCUUGCUGUGUGACUUCAGGCAAGCCACUUUACCUCUCUGGAACUGUUUUUUCUUCUGGAAAAUGAAAGUUGCAAUCAUGCUUACCUCAUAAGGUUGUUGUGAGAAUUCACUGGAAAUACUCUAGGUAAAUAAAGCACUUUGCACCAUGUCCGGCCCAUAGUGUUCAACAAACAUUAGCUGCUGUUAUUACAAUCCUUACCCCAUAGGACUGUGCUGAGAAUUCAGCAUCUUUAUGAAAAGUGCCCAGGCUAAUUCUGAGUCCAUGGCUGUCACUCAAAAGUGACAUUGUUUAAUGGGCAUGUGCAUAUUCUCUCUUCUUUUUUUUU